UGCAGGGUUUGUAGGAGGGGCCUAAACUGUAAUCUCUUAUAUUGAACACUCGAGCCGGUGGCUCGGAGAAUUUAUAUUUUAUCCUGAAAUUGAACAGUAGCGGCUGUAACCAUCCAUCCACCUCUUGCACCUGGCAAUACACCUGCCGUUACCGACAACACUUGCACGAGACCUCCGGGCUUCACUAACGCUGUAAAGAUGAAGAUUGAGAACAGCCUGCCCCGCCCCCAGCUCCCCGAGACCCCUCCCCAGACAGGCCUCCAGUUCACCGUGGCGACAGAGGAGGACUUUGAAGAGAUCAUGGCGAUGAGCCAGGACAUCUACGGAGGGCUGGACUACCUGCCGACCCGCUACACCGCCUGGCUCUCCGAGUCCAACCGCACCGUCAUACUGGCCCGCAAGCAGGGCAAAGUGAUUGCCCUGGAGUCGGUGUGUGUGAUAGAUGACGGUGACACCAUGCUGGUGGAGGGGUUACGUGUGGCCCCCCAGGAGAGGGGGAAGGGCGUGGCAGGGGUGCUUCUGCGGUUCUGCUCUCAGCUGGUCAAGUCCAAGUGGCCUGAGGUGAAGGUGACCAGGCUGACCCGCGACGACCAGCUGGGGCCCAAGGACUUUCAGAAGUACCGCCUCAUCACCAAACAGGGCAUCCUGCUAGUUCGCUUCAAUGCCGAAGACCUCAAGCUCCGGCUCUCCGAACUGGGGCUGCAUGUGACCCUACCCCCCUCCUCUGAGGGUACCCCCCAGGGUUCUGACACCUCCCUGGUUCCCCCGGUCCUUCUGGACCUCAACGAGGCCCACCAGAUGUUCCUCAACUCUGGCCUGAUGUCCGACGUACUCCCUAACGCUACCAUCGUCCAGGACUGGCAGCCGUUCAAGCCCCUGCCCAGCAACAUGGCCAUUCUUCUGAAGAAGGACAUCGACUGGAUGGUGGACGACCGUGACGCCCCAGCCGUGGCCAGCCUCUGCACCCACCCCUUCCGGGUGCCCGGAGGUCCUUACCGAGUUGGUGACGACACAUACUACCUCAACAUCGACGUGUUCGGCAAGGACAUAGGCCUGGUGCUCCAGCAGUUCCUGAGUCACCUCCGGCGCCACACAGCCACCCUGAAGGGGCACGUCAUGUGCCAGAUGUUUCUGGAUCCUCCCAUGUGGAAACCCAUGGCCGAAUUCUGUCGCCAGACAUUGAAGGUGGAGCUGGUGAAGGAAUAUACAGAGCAGUGCGUGGUCGAGUCAGAUGUCAUGUAGCUGGCAGAAGAGGAAGGAGGAAGAGGAAGAGGAGAAACAAUAUGAGGGAAAAAACAUGAAAGUUGACAAAUUCAGAAGAUUUUCCAGAGACCCAAUGAAUGAACGAACCACAUUCUCUUUAGAAAUGAAAUGGAAAAGUUCCCCAAGAAACUUCGGAAGGAUUAGCAACAACCUCCAUAAGCAAGUCUAUAGUGAAUCAACUUAGAAGCUGCAUUAGAUUUGCAAUAUGUUUGAUAUUAACACUACCACUAACAAAAAUAUUUUAGGAAAAAAGACAGUUAUAUGAUAUACCUUUGACAAAUCAGUUUAAAUUAGUUUCUCACAGUCUUUUACCAUUCAUUCAUCGCAAAAAUCGAACUCUUAACAACAGAAGUAACUUUAUGCUAACGUUACUCCUUUCAAAAUGAAAAAAAAAAAGCAAGCUAGUUUACGGUAUGUCAUGCCUUUCAAUCCUUUUUUUGUAAAUAUAAAGUAUAAAUAUGUACACAUUCUGAAUUGCAAAGAAGUCUGCACAACUCUUGAGGCACUUUAUUAAACCAUAUGGGCUGUUGUGCUAAAGUGCGAGUGAUGACGUGAGGAAGAGAGGAGUUGGUUUACUUUUAGAGAUAACUGAAUUUAACUGAUUUAGAACGCAUCACUCCCAUCCAUAGUAACGGUAGAAAUCCUUUUGGACUUAUUCUAUCUAACACCAAAUCCCCAAAUACUGUCGAACAAACAAAAGCCCUUCAGUGAAUCUUACAGAGCAUUUGCACGCUUAUAAUUCACACUAAAAGGCUGAAACGGAACAGCUAGAAACACACUUAGCUCAUAAUACUAAAACAUGGCCAGUUAGCUUUUAAAACAAUUUAGUUGUCUUCGUUGUUUUUUUAACAGUCACUCAGUUGUUUAAAAAAAAAUGUUUUUAAGCACUUGACCAUAUUGCUAAUUUAUUGCUACUUUUCCACAUGUACUUGAAUGCAACAGUAGUAUGUAAAGAGGUAAUAUAUUAACAGCAGAAGCUUUCUGGAGGCUUUCUUAUAACAAUGUGCAAUCUAAGCUUACUCUAUAGUAGAUUGCUAACUGUGUGAAAAAGGUAGAUGUACUAUACAGUAUACCGCAAAGACUCAAACAAUUGAACUAAUAUAGUUGAGAUUGACUUAACAUUAACAACAUUGUUCAGUAGCUAGAGAAAUAUUUCACCGGUAAAUGUCGCCAUCACAAAUAUUAGCUGACAACCGUUGUAAAGGUUGGAUUCUAGUCCCUCAUGGUUGUUGAAAACAUCAACAUAGACACUACAGUCUCAGUCAUCGGACAUGCUGUGAAAUUCAGCUCUCUGAAACCAUUCUACGAAGCUUCGUAGCCACUCUAAGACACUUCAUAUCCACUCUACGAAGCUCCAUAGCCACCCUAAGAAGCUUCAUAAGCUUUGGCACAUGGUAAGAGCUCAGCAGAGCAAAUGGGAGUCCGUUUGCUCUCAAAGGCUUCAUAACCACUCUACGAAGCUUCAUAGCCACUCUACGAAGCUUUAUAAGCUUUUGGCUCUUUGCUCUUGAACGUUCCUUUUAUGAAGUGAUGCUUUUGACAUGACGUAGCACUGAACGAGCCUACAUUGCAAUCUCCAACUUGAGACUAAAGCCAUCUAAAACCACUACAGAAGAGAGACUGGCCACUCUAUGGACUCUCCAACCUGCCCUCGUUGUAAAAGGGACCUCGUUGUAAGGGAUGAAAUGGACAGCGGAAGAGAAUAUCUUUUUUUAAUUUUUGGUACACUGACCCUUGUCUGGACACCCCGUCUGUCAUCCCUCUGUCUGUCUUUCCGAGACUAAAGGUUGAACGCACUCACACAUUAUAAAUGAAGGAUUGGACUGGAUCGAUAUCGGACGAUAGAUGGACAAGAUGCCUGGAGAAAGUGGAAUGAAGAAUGAAGCAAAUGACAUACCGGAUUCCAUAUUCAUCAAAGGAAAACAGAAACAACAAAACAAUACUUUGUCCAGGCUGAUGAUAAUUUUCUCAGUUCUUUGAGAAGCACUUCCUAUUUUUUUCACCCAUUGAAGAAGCAAAGCUGGACUGACCCCCUUUUUAGCUGCGGCUAGUCGUGAGGAAGAGGAAGAGGAAGAUAAAGAUUUGAGCGACCUGAAUCCAGUGAAGAAGAGAAGAAGAGAAGUAGUACACAAGCAAUCCUACAUAGAUUUAUUUUUAACAAGAUCGGCAUUCACAUUCUAGCCAUCUACCCAAUUCAUUCACUCCACCCCCACCCCGUCUCUAAAGUCUUUCCCCUACCCCACAUACGAAACCCCACAAGAAACCCCCCAGCCAAAUAAUUUCUGAGAAAUUAUGGGAAGGUGGACCUUUUCCUCACAAGCAAGAACAACCCCUCUCUAUUUCUCUCACUCUUCAUGAAUAGAUUCAAGACCAAUUAAAAGCCACUGAGUUUAAAACAUCACUAUGUAGUUUAUCUACGUCUCUUGGCUGGUCAAGGGUAAGGGGCCCUGGUUGUACUGUCAUAUCCAUGCUGGCCAUCUGGUGUAUGUAAAUGGUCUUGGAGAGCUUGCUUUCCUGCUGCUAGUGUGUGAACAGAGGACCAGAUAAUGUUUUUUUUUUUUUACUUAAGUAAAACGUUAUUAACCUAAUAUGAACAUGACUUGGCUUCUUGUUCAUAAAACGUAUUCAGAAAAUUGCCUAGUUAAAUGUUGCUUCAUAGGAUACACAAGUGAGUAAUAAUUUUUAAUUGGUGUUGGACAUUACUGAAUAGAGAUCAGUGUAUUUACAGUAAGGUCAUUGAGCUGGGAGUAGAGGAGCUAAUUUGUCUCUCUGAUAAGACAGAAUAGUAUAUCCCUGUUUAACAUUUGAAAAUGAUCCUCUUUUCUCCCCAGUCCAGUCCACACCCCAUAUCUGUGUUUGUCUGUCUGUCAGUCUGCACAACUGGCAAAUGGAAAGCAGUUCUACGGUUCCUUCCUGGUCUCCGUAACAAUGGAGCUCUCAGUUCUUAGAAGCAUCCGAGUGUCAGUGAGGAUUGUGAUAUAGCUAUCUUAUAAUAACACAGUGUCAUGGUAGUUUGAUGGUGGUGGACAUUGCAUGGUCACAGAUAGACAGUGUUGUAAUAUACUCUGCAAAGUCCACAGAUCAAAUCAAAUCACAGACCCACUGAUCCAAUGGCUUUCCAAGACCAUAUGGCUAAAAUGGAUACCAGUAGAACACAGCACGGUCCAGGGAUACGACAGGGAGGAUGUAUUUGGUUGGAGGGUGAACACGCUAGGUAAACGUACUAUAUCUGAUACGAUACACACGCACACACACACACACACACAUACACGCAUCAAAUCCACACAAAAGGAAAUGUCACCUUCCCAAAAACUACCCCGCAGCCCCAUCACGCCCACGCAAUCUAUUGCCCAAAUGCCCACUACCCCCACAACAACAUGUCCUAAUCUAUGUUGUAUCUACUACCACAGGGACAAGGUUGUUGUCAUACAAACUGCCUCAGUCCCCAACAUACCCAUCCAGGAAAGACUAUCUAUACCCAUAUACUCCAUCUUCACUUAGACUAUACAAAUGGUUGUCUGGUGAAUUGGUGGUUUGUCUGUGUCGUCUAGUAUAUUUAUAUAUUUCACCUACAGAUAUGUGCACAGUAUUUCAGAGGGAUGUGGGAUUCAGUAGGUGCAUUUAGUCUUGGUACUUAUUUGAUUGUUUGUAAUGGUAUGUUGGGUUGUGUGUUUGAGGGAAAGCUCGGAGGAAAGUUUGGUAGAGAUCCGAAGAGAUUUGAUUGGUUAUAGACUGCUUCAAAAUUCCUUUGUCUACCAUCAGAUAAUUCCAAUUGAUCAAAAGACUCUGUAGCAGAUAAUCCAAACACUCUGAUUUAUCCUCGUACUUAGAGAUAUUCUCUAGAAGUACAAGUCAUCCACUGUUCUAAAGCAUUCUAAACAAACUCUCCUCCCUCCCUUGUCCCUCACAGCACACAACCACAGCAAAGAGAAUGAAUGGUGUUUAACCAACAGCCUUGGAAAUAGAUAUGGUUUAUCUUUUAGGGUUUCCUAAAGCACUGUGUAUUAGUAUGUGACAUGUACUUUACAUGUGAAAGCUACUGUAUGGAUAUGUACUGAACCAAGUGGAGGGUACUUCAUAUUCUAACCCUCCCUGAUAGCACUGGUUUGAUUAGGUUUUUCGAAUACAAUGAGGUUACUGUUACUGUGCUAGCAUUGAGUCGGAUCUCGGUCUAAGGACGGUAAAGUAAGCACUUUGUUCAGCCGAUUCAUUCGCUCUCUGCUGCUGUGAUACUGUUGGGGAGGGCAGCAGGGCAGCGAAUGAAACGGGGGUCUGUUCAAAAUGAUAGAUGGAGUGUUGGGAAUGGAAUGGAAAGAUGAACGGAACACUCGAUAGUGUUCUAAUGUGUUCUGUCUCGCUGUCAUCGUCGUCAACGGCGAUGUUAAUCAGCCAUGGUUACGAUCGCCACGGUUACGUGACUCAGAGCAAAGAUAAAAUCUCCACUAUUAAUUAAUACUUUCUCGUUAUAAGUCUGAUUGGAUGCUUAAUAAUCAUACAUACUCAUUAUUGAUCAAGUUUGAUGUACAAACAGUGCUUUGAUUUACGAUUCUGGUGACUGUUGAUGGCUGGUUAUCAUCUUGCUGUGGGUUUGUGUUCUCCAAUUGUACAAAUUGUUAAUUUUGUCACAGAUUUCUUUGUAGGCCUAUUAUUAUUUUAAUUUUAUCUUAUACUAAUUAUUUCCUCUUAUCUACCCUGUAUUUUUCCACCAUCCCAUUUUUCAUUUUAAUUCCUUGCCCCUGUUCACCUUAAAACUGCUCAACAUUUAAUCUCUUUAAAUCUAUAUUUGGUAUUUUUGAAUGUGGAGACACUGACAAUAUUAUUAAAAGCCUGAGCUGUCAUGAAGUAGAUAGAUCAGAGACGUGUUACAGUUGUUAGCAUUCUGUCUGACAGGGAGCAUGAAAGGUUCAAACACAGGGAAGAUGUUCAGAAUAGAACUUGUAUUGGUAACAUUGCUUGGUCCCGGAUCUGUAUGCGUUUCAGCCAUCUCCUCUGUCUUUGAUAGUCAGAGAAAGUUGACUAAAACACAUACUGAUCUGGGACCAGUCUAGUGGCUAGUGGUAGCUAUGCUUGGUGGUGGAGAAGGAGAGUAAACCGAAGCCCUCAUCCCUCAUUUGGCCUGGUCGCAAAGACAGAUGGGGGACAGAGGGAGUGAGGCAUGGAGGGAGGUCAUAGAGGAUAGGGGGUUGAGGGAAGGAGAGGUCAGGGAGAGCAGGAGAGUAGGAGGGGAAGGAGGGAUGGUGUGGGGGUUGUGGAAGAGGAGAGUAGAGUAACAGGAGUCCCUCUCUCUCUAUUAUUGCAUUACCACUUUGGUAAUUAAAGGCCGUAAGAGGUUGGAAAAACUAAGGGGGGGAUGGGUACAGUAGGAACAGUAGACUCUACUGUACCCCAGGCACCCUAAAAACAUUAUAUGAAGCGUCGUAGCUACACUAAGAUGCUUUAUAACCACUCUAUGAAGCUCCAUACUGUAGAGUCUCAACUUUUACCCACAUGUUUGUGGGUAAAAGUUCAGACAAAAACCUGGGGGAGACAGAGAUAGCAACAGAGAGGAAGAGGUGAAUGACAACCGAGGACGAGGCAGGUCAAACUAUUUAUACAUACUACCAUUGUUAUGUAUCCACGCUAUGUGUCCUUGUAGACACUACAGCAGGGCUCUCCUACCCUGUUCCUGAAGAGCUACCCUCAUGUAGGUUUUCGCUCCAACCCCAGUUAUAACUAGCCUGAUUCAGCUUAUCAACCAGUGAUUAGAAUUAGGUGCGCUAUAUUAGGGUUGGAGUGAAAACUCAUUGGAUGGUAGCUCUCCAGGAACAGGUCUACAGUCAUUGUCUCAUUGGCAGUGUUUUUCCGACUGAGUUACAUUUUUCACACCCCCCUGCUCUCCAGGGUAACUAGAGAACCAGGAAGUCAAGUUAAAGCCGACUUCCUGUGCUGAGCGCUAUGCUGUUCUGUUUGCAGAGUGAGGCUGUGUCCGGAAUGACACUCUAUUCCCUACAUAGUGCACUACUUUUGGCCAAAGGAUGGGCAACUGGCGGCCCAUGGGCUGCCCCCUUUUGAAAGCCCUCGGAUUAAUUCAGUUGGGAUCUCAACUUACUGUUGCAAGUUAGAAUAGUAGAAUGCACAAGGUGAUAUUUAUCUCCACUCAUACAGGAGUAAUAAAGGGCUAGUGUACUCAUUUGGUGGAGAAAAUAAAAAAUACAAAUGUAUUUUAUUAUUUUAAUAUAUAAAAAGAAAAAAUUGAUUUAUCAGGGGGUGCUGCAGCACCUUCAGCAGCCCUACCUGCGGCUAUGCAAACAUUUCUCUCCACCCUAUGGCGAUAUGUGUAGAAUUGCAGGAUAUUAUUUAUAAAAUUGCUAAAUCUUGCAGAAAACUUGCUUUAAAACUGCUACGUUUUCUCUACACCCCAUGGUAAAACGUGUAAAAUUGCACGAAAUUAGCUCUAGAAAUUCAAAAAUGUUCUCUCAGCUGUCAAGAGGGGGACUGGUAAAAUAUUUGGCUGGCAAUGUGGUUGAGGGUAUGCACAUAUGGGUAUGCAGACCCACGAGCAACUGUGGCCCCUCAUGAUGAGUUCAGAUUUUUUGUGGUCCCCACCCCCAUCAAAGUUGCCCUUCCCUGAUAUAGGGAAUAGGGUGCCAUUUUGGACACACACUCAGAGUUUCCUUUCAAAACUAAAAUACAUGUAAUCCCCUAUUGGGAGGUGAGAAUCAGCAAGGUUUGUAUUUAUAUAUAUAGACUAACUCAACAUGAGAGUUGAAGGCCCAUCGCCUGCUGAUGGCAGGAUAAAUGAUACAGUAAGGGCCCCUAAACACACACACACACACACACACACACACACACACACACACACACAUACAUACAUACAUACAUACAUAAAUACAUACAUGCAUACACAUACACACACACACGCAUACACACUUUACAUGCGUCGAUGUGAACACAGACAGGAGUGUUGAUUCCUCUCCUAAACUGCUUACUGCUUACCCAGCGACACUGAAGAGGCUACGCGACAGUUAGCUAGAGUUUCAGCCUGACUUUCUCCCUGUGUGUGUGCGUGCAUGCCUGCGUGCGUGUGUGUAAUCUGUCGAUGUGUCACAGUGUCUGGUUGCACGGGGAGAGAGACAGAGACCCUUUUCAGUCAAAUAGGGCAAUGGUCUGCGCACCAAACCACCUGAUCCGCUACUGUCUCAGCAUGUUGUGAAUGGAAAGACUCUGGAUGCGUCCCAAAUGGCACCCUAUUCCCUAGGUAGUGCACUAGUUUUGACCAGGGCCCAUAGGGAUCUGAUCAAAAGUAGUGCACUAUGUAGGGAAUCGGGUUUCAUUUGGGACAACAACUCUGUAAAGAGAGAACUGGAGAAGGAAGGAGGGGAAGAAGAGGAGUAGAGGGGGAGAGGUUAGGAAAGAGAGAUGUGUAGGGUUUUUCGGAUGCUUGUCUCGAGUUUGUAUGGUUGGAAGGGGAGAAGAGGGAACGGGGGGAGAGGUUAGGAAAGAGAGAGAGAGUUUUUCAGAUGCUUGUCAUGGGUUUUGGAGAGAGACAGAUGGAUACCCACUGACUACUUUUAUGGCUGUUGGAAGCUGCUGUUGUGGAUGUGGUUUGGCUCAAUGCGUGAAGCUCUGGAUGUUGGAAUGGACUCUGUGUAGAGGGUAUAAUGACAGGAUAAUGGUCAUUAAUGGGUAAAUUAUAGCUAGGCUUGGAAUGGAUUCAGACAGUGCUGCCUUGUCCGGUCGUUGGUAUCGAGUAGCCAGGAGUAGCGUAGUUGUACACAGACAUGCACACGUAAUACACACGUCACAUAUGUAACACACACACACACACACAUGUAACACACACAUGCUGUAACAUGUCAAAUUUAUCAUAAUCCAAUUUUUCUAUAUUUUCUAAAUGAAUGAAAGCACCUACCCAUAAUGUAUGUUUGAUCGUCGCCCUGUCCUUUGGAAAGUGGUUUUACAUUUGUUUUAUUUUCCUUUGUUUUUCAUCCUUUCGUUUAUUUCUCUUUCUCUGAACCCUAAAAGAGUCUUAAAUCUCCUUAUUCAACUAAAGGUUCAUUUAAGAAAAAUCUUAAUCAAAGUCAAAGACAGAAACGCAGGAUAAUUUUGUGUCAACAUUUUGUCCAACCUGGGAAAAGUAAUUAAGAAGAGAAGCACAAAUGAAAGCUUAAUCGGCUGACUAGUAAAUGUAAAGUGUUUGCUAAUUAUAAAUUAAACUAAAACUGUCAUCAAAACAAAACACUUUCAACUGAAACCACAAGCAGAACUAAGUGGGUACAAGUAUUUUCCUCUUAAUUUCCUUUCCAAGGGGGAGAUAAACAAAAAAAUUAAUUAUAUAAUGUGACUACUUGACCAUACUGCACCAUGCCAAUGUCUCUUCGAACUGUGAACAACUACUGUAUUGUGCUCUUGUGCAUUUAUCUGUUAUUACUGUUGAUGAGAACUACUGUAAGGAACAUGGGAGUGGAAGAAACCAUAGGAAUAGAAACAUGGCCGCCGUAACCAUUGAUUUGAAUGGGGAUGGCCGUUAUAGGUAUUCUAUCUCUAUGGGUGAAACGCAACUGGACCCUCUACCCUAUCUAUCUGUGACCAUGCAUAUAGCCUCUGUGUUGUGAUAACUAAUCGUGCUAACUGUGCUAUGUGCAUGUUAUCCAACCCAAAGUAGCACUGACUGUCCUGCAUAUGAUAUACAGUAUGUGGCCUUGUUGCAUACUUUGAUGUGUACAUUGUAAAUAACCUAAAAACCUAUCUAUCUGAAGGGUAGUCUGAAUAUGGACUUUUAGAAGAAGACACAGCAUAUUGUAAUUUUGUACGUUUUAACAGUUUAAAAUAGGUUUUAGAUGCUAUAUGCACUUUAAGAUAAAAACAAACACUAAAACACAGUUUCCAGUUGCGUAUCCAUACCCAAGUUCUGGAAAAAAAUGUUAAGUGGGAAUGAUUUUCCUGUUCCACCAGACCGGGGUUGGGGGGGGGGGGGAUUUCUGUGUAACACCAGACGUGGUCAUUCAGUUGGGUUUCAUUGAAUUCACUUCAAAGGUCUCAGAGCUUCCUGAUCAAAUGGUCCACCACCACAUUCAUUCCUCAGGUAAUCUUGAGUGAAUACUCUUACUUACUCCUUUUCUUCUUUCUUUUUUACAUCCAAAGAUGUAAAGAAAGAAACAGCAUACUAUGAUAUUAUACUCCCUAUUAAGUGGAAUAAUCCUCCCGAACACUUGGAUGUUUUGGGUCCAAAUGUCAGUUAAAGUCAAACCAAAGUCUUCUCAGUUGGUCUUCCAGGCAACACAACACAGCUCCAUCUGUCAAACUAUACUAUUGUUAUAACAUCAGAAUCCAAAUUGAUUAUCUAUAAUAUGAAGGUCUGUAUGACCUACUAUAAAAAUCUAAAUAAAUACAAAAUUAUCGUAAAUGUACCUGUACAGAAAUUCAAUGAUGGCAAUUACUGCUGUGCCUGAAAGUGACUUAACAAUCUCCUUUAUUAGAAAUAAUAAGAGAUAUUUUGAGAUUUCAAGAUUAGAUAUAUCUGGAGACACCUUUUAAAUUAAACAAACAGACAGCUUUGGUCAAAGACAUGGCCAUUGCUGUUCAUGAUUGUUUUUAUUUUUCAACAACAACAACAACAACAAAAACAGCAGAAUAUUCACACGUACCUUGCCAAGGUUUCACUAUAGGGGUCCAACUAAAUGACCAAUGUUUGAAUGAACAUACAUAUACAUGCGUUAUAUAGACUUGGGUUAGAUGAAAAUGCCCAGACCUUGACCCCUGCUCGGAACCACCAAGGUUAUAAGGUCAAAGGUCAUAGAGCAAAGGUUAAGGUUCCAGAGUUUUCAUUUAGCCCUUUUGUCUUUGAUAUGGCUGCAGCUGUCGAGUUUCACCUGGAGUCUCACAAUUAUAUACGGACGCACAGUAUAGUGUAGAAUAUAUUGUGCGUUGAAGCCUAUAUGCCACUGACUCAACAGUAAUAACAGGUUAUAACCUAUAAUCAGGUUAUACUGAUCAAUUUAAGCUAGUAUUACAGGAUCCUGAGUAAUAAAAGUCAGGAUAUACUGUAUAUUUAUUAGUCUCGUAACUUUACAGUUUUAAGUCAUUUUAGUGAGACUUCUUAUUGGAUUCACAGCUGUGUGUCUGUCGAGGGGUACAUACAAUAAUCAUGCCAUUCAAAGUUAUGUUGGUUAUUUGAAAAAAAUGUAUUCCUUUUUUUCUAUUUUUUUCUCUUAUUGAUAGUUUUUUUAUACGCAAUUUUCCCUGCUUAUUCUCAAGCGGUGAUUUGGAGAAAAAAACGGAUUGAAAAAAACAAUUUAGUUUUUUUAUUGAUUAUUAUUAUUGAUUAUUAUUAUUAUUCCGUUUUCAGAAGAGAAAACAAUUUGUGAGACUGAGAGAUGCAAAACUAUUUUAAAUACAAUCGUUUUUAAAAAAACCUUUACAAUCUACGAGAGGUCUAUUGGACGUGUUGAUUUUUCUCCACCUCGAAUGCAAAAUGUGUGACUGUUGGGGAGUGACAAUGGGUUUGGCACAGAAACAUGGCUAGGUUUACACUGAGCAAAAUUACUAAGUUCAAACAUACAACAUAAUACUUGAGAAACCUCUUAAGACAAUACUUAAGAUACUACUUAAGAUAAGCAUUUUGACUUUGUCUAUGGCAGUAUUUUUCUGUAUUGACCUAAUGAUUGAGUUAUGCAUUUUUUUAAACACAUUUCUUUUUACCAGGGAGGGAAGCUAGUAUUAUUUGGGGGGAGAGUAUAGGCUUGGAUAUGGGACACAGAGGUAGAACUUAAAGUUUCAUAACUUUACACACACACACUCACAAAAUGAUUUUUCGGUGUAAACCUAGCCAUAUACUUACAUGGAAUACAAUUUUUUUUUUUACGCUGUAUAAUCUUAAAGUGAUGGCUACAAAAGGGGAAGUAGUAUUGACUGGUAACAUUUUUCUCCUUUUUAAUUUUGCUUGCGCUUAUAUAAUAUUGUUGUAGUAGUAGUAAUCUGUAAAGAAAAUGGUGCAUUUCAACAUACCUCCCUUUCUCUCCAUUGUCUGGAUAGGUAGUUUAACCAAGGACGUUUUAACAUCUACAAACAUAUAAACUUUAUUACAUGUAUAAUGCAACAGUAGAUAUUGUGACAUUGUUAAAGACAGAACAGCAGUGAAACACAGGAACUUUGUGUAACUGUAGAAACAUUGUGAAGCCAUUCUAACAUUGUGAUGAUAACAGCAAACUGAAGUCCAGGCUGCUAAUGUGUGUAGUAGUAUUUGAGUAAUAUUUGAGUAGUAUUUGAGUAGUAUAUCUGUAGUAGUAUUUUUUUCUUAUAGGAUAAACGAACGAUGCAAGACUAACAGGGAAGAGAUGCAAAAUGUUAGAAAAUGAAACACAGCACUACGGACUCUGAUGUUUUCAGAAGUUCUUUGUUGAUUGUUUCUUUAUGAUUUCUUUGUUCCUUCGGUUUUUUUCUCUCAACUUUCUCUGUUUUGAUAUUUGCCUUUGUUAGGUGUUGUUAGGUAAAAAGAAAAGAAACACGAAAAAAGAGAGAAAACAACAAGUGCAUGCCAGAAUGUUAGGCUCUUUCUAUAUAUUAAAAGAGCUCACUUUUUGUGUUAGACUCACAGAAAUUUACAAGGACAAAAAAAAAGAAAAGAAAACAAGAAAAAUAAAGGUGGGGUGGUGAGA